AUGGAUACUUCUCUAGGGUCGCAAGAUACCAGAACUGGGACAAGUUCUCCUUCUUCUGGGUGGUCGACAGUUAAAUUGCCAACUGCAGUUGGGACCGAAGUCACUGAAUCAAGACCAUCGUCAAGCCCGGUCGAGUCGCCAGCAAACGAUUCUAAGCCCUCAGAGAAUAUCCCAUUUCAUAUCCUUCAUAAGAAACAAAAAUGGCUACUUGUCUACCUUGUCUCACUAGCUGCCAUGUUUUCGCCACUGUCCUCCAACAUCUACUUCCCGGCCAUUGACACCAUUGCUACCGACCUUCACACCAACACGUCCCUCGUUGCUUUGACUGUUACCGUCUACAUGGUUGUCCAAGGAAUUGCCCCAUCAUUUUGGGGCCCGUGGUCAGACCUGUACGGUCGUCGUGUCAUCUUUAUCAGCACAGUGGCUGUAUACGUUGCUGCCAACCUGGCACUUGCUUUUACCGUCAACUACCCCAUGCUGCUUGUUCUCCGAGGCGUGCAAGCUGCGGGAAGUGCCGCUACCAUAAGUAUUGGCACAGGUGUUAUUUCCGAUAUUGCCGAACCCAGUGAGAGAGGCGGUUUUGUCGGAACGAAUAGCGGUAUCCGGAUGAUUGGUCAGGCCCUAGGACCUGUUCUCGGCGGUAUAUUGAAUGGUAUAUGGGGAUUCCGAAGCAUAUUUUGGUUUCUAUUCGCGUUGAGCGUUCUUGUUAUGGCGAUAUUGCUAGCUUGUUUACCGGAAACACAUCGCCAGAUAGCCGGUAAUGGAAGUAUUCCCUUACAGGGAGUCCACAAGCCUUUCAUGUACUGGUUGAUACCAACCCCGAAGGAAUGGACUGGAAAUCCCGCACCACCAGCUGCGCGAAAACCGUCGUCGGCGUCCUUCAAGUCUGUCCUCACACCGUUCAAACAACUUUUGGAAAAGGAUAUACUGGCUCUACUUGCAUGGGGGGCGUUGGUAUAUGCCGUUUGGAGCAUGGUCACAUCCUCAACAACCACAGUUCUCAAACGGGAAUUCCCUAGUCUUACAGAUGUAGAAUUGGGUCUCUGUUUCCUUCCGAAUGGAUUUGGUUGCGUCCUAGGCUCGAUUCUCACAGGCAAACUCAUGGACCACAAUUUUAGAAUAGUGGAAAAGCACUAUCGGCGGAAAUACCAAAUACCGGACGAUGUCAAAAUCAAGGGCGAUCAAUGUUUUCCAUACGAGCGGGCCCGCCUGUCACCCAUGCCUUACCUCUCCGGGGUGUUCAUUACCGUGACAGCCCUGUACGGGGCAAGCUACGAGCUAAACGACGUAAACAGGAAGGCAGUGGCCAAUCUGAUCAUCUCGCUAGUGCUCCAGUUUAUGGUCGCGUUCACGGCAACAGCCAUCUUCAGUAUCAAUUCAGCUAUGAUGGUGGAUUGCUUCCCAUCAAAAGGGGCCGGAGCGACGGCGGUCAACAACCUAGCAAGAUGCAGCCUUGGCGCGGUGGGUGUGAGUGUUGUGCAACCGAUGAUCAAUGCAAUCCGGAUUCGCAAUACCUUUGUUAUUCUCGCGGCUAUUGUUGCGCUGUGUAGCCCCCUGGUAUGGGUGGAGUGGAGGUGGGGAGAGAAGUGGAGGACUGAUAGGGAGAAGAGAAAGGAGAAGAGCAUGGAGCUUUAG